UUGGACUGAUAGUGUUCUAGUGUUCCGUUGUGUCGUAGCCUAUAAAGUGUGCUUAUCUAGCGGACAGGGAGGUGUUUUGAGACGACACCACCAGCACAGUCAGAUGCAGCUUGACUCUCCAGUGUCAAAGUCACAGAGCGCGAUUAUGGAGCCGUUUAGAAAAUGGAGAUAAUUUCCAGCGUUUUAAAUAAGGUCUUUCAGCUCUCCAGACUUACUAGCGUAAAUAAUGUACCGAGGUCCAAAAAAAUGGAGGAGAAGGCUUUAGAAGUGUAUGAUGUUAUUCGCACCAUUCGGGACCCGGAGAAACCCAAUACUUUGGAGGAGCUGGACGUGGUGACUGAAAAAUGCGUGGAAGUUCAAGACCUAGGAGACGAUGAGUACCUCAUCAUUAUCAAGUUCUCCCCUACAGUGCCACACUGUUCUCUGGCCACGCUGAUAGGUCUCUGCUUACAAGUGAAACUACAGCGAUGCCUUCCAUUUAAGCACAAGCUCGAAAUUUACAUUACGGAGGGAACACAUUCAACUGAGGAAGACAUUAACAAACAGAUCAACGAUAAGGAGCGGGUAGCGGCAGCGAUGGAGAACCCUAACCUGCGGGAAAUAGUGGAGCAGUGUGUUACUGAGUCUGAUGACUAAAGCUUCAUCUCACACAGUGUCCAUUACACAAUUUUGUUUAAAAACCACGGCUUGAAACGUAGUGAAACUUCUGUAUAUUUUUAGAAAUGUGCAGAAUUAUAAGUGUCCUGCUGAUUUGUAGUGAUCUGUAAUGUUGACGUUUUCUACUACUAUGCUGACAAGGCAACACUGCGAUCAAUAUCAGAGAGCGGUAAGCUCUGUGUUGUAGUGAUGGCUGUGUUUUAGAGAGUUCUUCAGAGAGUUAAGCCAGGCAGAGAGAUUUGACUGCAGACUAAACUGUGGCUUGUUUAAUUUCCCAGGAAUGUUAAGAUUAUAUUCAGGGUUGAGGAUUAAUCUGCACUUCUUGAAUACCAUUUCAUUUACUUGUCUUUUUUUUUUUUUUUUUAAAACCCUCUGUUAAGCGGGCAGCAUGGUGGCUUAAAGGUUAGCACGUUUGCCUCACACCUCCAGGGAUGGGGAUUCAAAUUCCACCUUCGCCCUGUGUGUGCAGAGUUUGUGUGUUCACGUGCUUCAGGGGUUUCCUUUGGGUACUCCGGUUUCCUCCCCCAGUACAAAGACAUGCAUUGUAGGCUGAUUGGUGUUUGCGUAUUGUCCGUAGGGUGGGAACGUGUGCGCCAUUGUGCCCUGUGAUGGGUUUGCACCCCACCCAAGAGGGUGUCCCCCUCCUUGUGCCCCGAGUUCCCCGGGAUAGGAUCCAGGCUCUCCCGUGACCCUUUGUGGAAAAUGGACAGAUUCUCUUAGCAGCAUUUCAUCAAACCAUGUAGUGGAAAUACUAUAAAAUUCCAGUCUGAGGAUAUCUCAACAAAUAUUUAAAAACUUGAUGGGGAAUUUGAGUUUUAUUUAAUAUAUUCUGUCCUAUUAUCAGACGGCGAUCAGAGUAAACCUCCCAACCAGUCAGUUAUCAUCCUUAACCAUCAUCAGCCUUUAUUGUAUCACGAGUAUUGAAAUUCCCCAGCCAUAAUUUUAUAUAGCUUGCUGUUACUGUCUGUGUACAUCUCCGAGAGAAAUUUCCUGUUAUCCAUUUCAAGGGUCAGCUCUCAUCUUUCAUUGCGUCCACCUCUAGUUCUGAUUUUAUCAAAUCAGCUUCCUUAUUGAUCUCUGUUCAACCUGUUUUAUAUAACAUGUAAAUAUAUUUGUUAUCGUAAAAAAAAAAAGUUUAAAGGGUUUCAAGAAUAAAGCAUACUACAGCGUUUUAAAUCUUGUACGUGCAUUAUUUUACAUACAUUAUUUUAUAUCGCAGGUUUUCAGACCCAGAACAAUAAUGCAAAAGGCUAUAUUACUCGGUACAUAACUGUGAGUUGCACUGGACUAAAUGGUGAAAUGGUCAUGGGAUUGUGUGUUGCUUCAGAGACUUGUAGUGCCAAAAGACAACCCCCCCCCCCCCCCACCAUGUCCCUCAGGGAACCAAAAAAAAAAAAAAAAAAAGAAGGUAUUUCUUCUGUUUGGCUUUACAAAUCAGUAAACCACCCUCUGAUACAUGAACACAUCAGUCGAGGUUGUUGUUUGCUAAAACUGUGGACUGUGGAAAGACAAAGUCCUGUCACUUAAAUAUUUACUUGGUGGUGCCCACUUAGGCUUGGGUUGGUUAUGUUUUGCUUGAUUGCUAUACUUCGUAUGACUUUAUUUCAGCCAAGACUUUAUUAUAGGUCUUUUUUUUUUCUUCUAAACAUCAAGCUCUCAAAAACAACAAAUUAUGUCAUGGCAAAUUGCCUUUGGUUUUAUAGAGAAAAGAGGCAC